CAUCUUAAGCUGAGAGCAGUGCCUCGUGAAAGGUCGAAGGAAUCACACGUGAAAUAAAGACCCGAAUAUUUUUCUCGGUGUAAUUUCCGGUGAGAUAUAGUUUAUGUGUUGUUUUUGUAUAAAAUAUAAUCACGAGCGAUGAUAACCUACAUCUGGAUACUUUAUAUCUGUAUAACAGGCACUCAUGCUGCUGUACGUACAAGCCGCGCAUUCGGAAGUCAUCCAACAACGAUAAGAAUUUCCGAGAACGACACUGUUUUGCUACCUUGUUAUGUGGAGGACCAGGGUGUACAAACUAGGGUAAGAUGGUGGCGAGAGCAAAUCCUCUUGGCUGACAGUUAUGAACCAAACAAGGCACUGCCCGAAAGAUAUACCAUGUAUAGAAAUGGCAGUCUACAGAUCCUUCAUGUACAGCUAGAAGACAAUGGGGAAUACGUGUGCCAAGCGAUCCGACCUGCUCCUUGGGGACACGUUACGCAAGUACACGAGAUCGAAGUGAUGUACCCACCGAGUAUUGAGACAGUCCCUGCAUCCGGCGAGUUAGAGAUUAAUCUCGGAGACGAGGUAGAUGUGCAGUGCGUUGCAAAGGGUGUACCAGUUCCCAAUAUAAGUUGGAGGACGAAGGAUGAAGAAAUUCCAUUAUUGAAUGACAGAUCGCAAUUGAGAUUUUAUGCCGACAGUCGGAAUCUUUCCGGCAGAUACACCUGCGUUGCUAAUAAUGGAAUCGGCAAUCCAGCAGUGGCGCAUAUAGACAUAUGUAUUAAAUACAAGCCAGAAAUCUACGUGAAGAAAACAUGGGUGCACACACAUCCAGGAAUAAGGGUGAAGCUAGUCUGCACAGUGACCUCAUGGCCUGAAGCGAAAGUUGAGUGGUACUUUAAGAACGAGACGCUGAAAGACACGUCACGGAUAGUGAAACUUAAUACUGGAAAUGAUCACAGCCUGAUAAUAAGAAACGUAAAGACAAGCGAUUACGGUUUCUAUUCAUGUAGGGCAUCGAAUCUCUUAGGAAAUACCGAGAAAACUAUUGAACUAACGGCAAUCGCGAAUCCAGCGGUUUUUAAAAAAGAAUCGCGUAGCACAUCGAGCACAUCAUACAAUUUCAUUUGGGAGGUUGACAGUUACAGUCCCAUUAUUGAAUAUCAAUUUUGGUUCCGCAAAUAUAAGGGGGGUACUGGUGGCAAAUGGCAUAAAUUAUAUAUACCGAGUAGCACUGACGCCAGUAGUCCGGUACACACUCGCUCUUUCAAUUUAACGGGCUUGAACACAGCGACACAUUACGAAGCUGUCGUUUUAUCCAGAAAUCGUUAUGGUUGGAGCCAUCCCUCGGAGAUACUACGCUUCCACACUGAAGGAGCCACCAUUGGCUAUAACGAAAAUUUUGAAAUAGAUAGCCAUCAAGAACAAAACACAGCGCCAGUUGUGAAAUUGACGCCUAUGUCACAGCAGUAUUCUUUAGCAGCUGAUGCGAAUGGAUCGUGUAAUCAAACGAAAGUGUUAUUAAUUUUAAGUAUGCUGUACAUUAUAUAUUACGAUUAUAACAAUUGACAAUAAAUUCAAGUGAUGUAUUCAAUGUGA